ACAGACAGACAGACCAAAAGAGAGAGGGAGGGUAACGAAUAGUCAUCUCGUGAAGCUGCAAAAGCAAACGAAAGAAACCAUUAAUUAUUCAACAAAACAAAAUGCUUAGAUCAACAACUAGUAGUCACUGCUACUCGCUAAUAAAACCGCCACCUCUCUCUAAUUUUCCUUUUUUCUCUCCACUUUCUUCUUUCCCUUUACCUUUUUUCCCUUGCAUUCAUUCUUUGCUUAUUACUUUCAUAUAGCGAGAUCUCCAUCUUCAUCUGUCUCUCUCUCUCUCUGAUACCUCUUGUCUUCUGUUUGUUGUACCUUCCUUCUGUUAACGUUUUCUAUUCUUCCAGCUUCUGUCGAAACAAGGAAAGAGAAUUUCUUUUCUGUGAUUUACACACAUAUAUAUACACACUCACAUUCAAGGUAAUGUCGCGUUCUGAUAAGCAAUCCCAUGAAAUGGGUAUCGACUCUCUGGCCGAUCGAUUCCAUGAGUCGUGUAGUUUUGAUCACAACAAACCCGAUUUCAGAGAGCUCGAUCUGGGUUCCCCCGUUUUACCUUUCAUACCUAGCCGUUACUCAGACGGUGGUGGCACCAACAGCUACAGAACAAGUUCGUGUAGUUCAGUAUCUAGUAAUAAUAAUAAUAAUAGCAUCUCAUUCCCAAAUGUGAAAAGAUCCAAUUGUAAUAAUGCGACCAACCAUUCCGGCGACCUGUCGGGCUCAAUUGAUAUGAACCCCACGGCCUCCGAGACCCCCCGAUCUGUUACUGCAACUCGAAAUUCGAAGCCGGGUCAUCGGAGAUCGAUGUCUAGCGGUUCCCCUUUGAUCUAUUCAGGUUGUGGAAGCCACUACAACAACACCACCACUAGUAGUGGCAGUGGUAGUGGUAGUGGUAGUGGCAGUGGCAGUGGUAGUGGCGGUGCAGCUUCAGUCUCAUCGCCAAAUACGGUCAAUUACCCAAGUGGCAACAUCUGCCCUUCAGGAAAGAUUUUGAAAUCCAAUAUGGGUUGCCGUAGUUCAAGCAGAUCCGACAAAUUGGGUUUGGGCUCUGCUAACUAUGGGCACGGAAGCAUAGUUCGAGGAGGAGGAGGUAGUGUUAUCGGAAACAUACAUUUGGUCGGAGAGUUGGGUGUGGUUAAGAUGGGGGCAAUGUCCAGUUCUGAUCCAGAAGAGGUGAAAAAAGCCGGUAAUGAGUUGUAUAAGAGAGGAAAUUUUGCAGAAUCGUUGUCUUUGUACGAUCGAGCUAUAGUGAUGUCGCCGGAGAAUGCAGCGUAUAGGAGUAACCGGGCUGCAGCGCUGACAAUGCUGGGGAGAUUGGGGGAGGCGGUGAGAGAGUGUGAGGAAGCUGUGAGGUUGGACCCUGGCUAUUUGAGGGCUCAUCAAAGGUUGGCCUCUCUUUAUCUCAGGUUAGGACAGGUUGAAAAUGGUCGUCGUCAACUUUGCUUUCACGGGCAACAGCCUGACAAAACUGAGUUACAGAAAAUGCUUUUAUUGGAAAAGCAUCUUAACUGCUGUGUGGAUGCUCGAAAGAUUGGCGAUUGGAAGAUUGUACUGAGAGAAUGUGAUGCAGCCAUGGUGGCUGGAGCCGAUUCUUCCCUACAGAUCACAGCUUGUAAAGCAGAAGCCUCUUUGAAGCUUCACAAACUUGAAGAUGCGGACUCUAUCCUAUCAAGAAUCAACAAAUUAGAAGCUUAUCCCACAUCUUGCUUGCAAACAAAGUUCUUUGGGAUGCUCUCUGAAGCUUAUGUGCAUUAUGUCCAGGCCCAGGUUGACAUGGCAUUUGGAAGGUUUGAGAAUGCAGUUGCAGCAGCAGAGAAGGCUGGUCUGGUUGAUUAUAGCAACAUUGAAAUUGCUAUGUUGCUGAACAAUGUGAAAUUGGUAACAAAAGCUCGUUCCCAUGGUAAAGAUCUUUUUGAUUCCCGAAGAUUUGCUGAGGCCUGCACAGCUUAUGGGGAAGGCCUCAAAUAUGACUUGUCCAACUCUCUACUCUUUUGCAAUAGAGCAGUUUGUUGGUCUAAGCUUGGACUGUGGGAGAAAUCUGUUGAGGACUGUAACCAAGCCCUCAAGUUCCAACCAAAUUACACCAAGGCCCUUCUUAGGAGAGCUGUCUCAAAUGCAAAGCUUGAACGAUGGGCAGAAGCUGUUAGAGAUUAUGAGGUCUUGCGAAGGGAAUUUCCUGGGGACAAUGAUGUUGCUGAAUCUCUUUUCCACGCACAAGUUGCAUUGAAGAAAUUGCGGCAGGAGGAAGCUCACAAUGCAAAGUGCAGCAAUGAAGUGCAGGAGGAAGUUUCUAUUCUUGAUUGUUUUAAAGAUGCAAUAUCUUCACCUGGUGGGAUGUGGAGCAGAAGCCGAAGCCGAAAGCAUAAGUAUUCCAAACAUUAAACAUUUACAAGAAUGGUGGGAAGGUGAGAGAUGAUGAUCUGCCCUGGGUGGGGUGGGGCAGUACAAUCUGUGGUUGGUUUUUCUUGAGGAACAAAGUCAAACCAACCCAACCCCAACCCCGACAUAUCUGAUUUUCGGUCAUCUGUUCUCCGUUGGCAUCAUCCAACCUGAAUCUUCACCACACUAGUGAGAUAAUAUUCUGCUGCAAUCACAAUUUCAUUCAUUGUCUACAAUACAAAGAAACACUAGAAAUUAAAUAUUUGUUAUUAUUAUUAUUAAUUAGUUCACAUUUGUAGUUGCCUUUUUUCAUUCAUUAACUUCCGUUUGCUCUA